AUGUCGGCUAUUCCUAAUCUUCCUAUCGACACGCCCGGCAUCCACACCAACGGCGGUGCGAAUGGUGUUGCUGCAGACUCGUCUUUCAAGCUCAAUGAUGCGCCGGUAGAGAAUCUUCGACGUUUGAAAGUUGUCGUCAUUGGGGCCGGCUAUUCUGGUAUCUACUGUGGGAUCCGUAUACCAGAAAGACUGAGAAAUGUCGACCUGGUAAUCUAUGAAAAGAACGCUGGCGUUGGGGGGACUUGGUACGAAAACAGAUACCUUGGUUGCGCUUGCGACGUCCCUUCACACUCUUACCAGUAUUCGUUCCAGCCGAACCCAAACUGGUCGUCGCUUUACGCCCCGGCAGCGGAAAUCCAGUCGUACCUCCAAGAUGUCGCGCAGAAAUUUUCCGCGGACAGGUUUAUCAAGUUGCGUCACCAGAUUGAGGCAUGCCACUGGGAUGACAAAACUGCGAAGUGGAACAUCACAGUAAAGAAUCUUGCCACAGGAGAAGUGCUGGAAGAUCAGGCGGACGUUGUUAUCUCAGGGAGAGGUAAUCUGAAUACACCUUCGUGGCCUGAGAUAGACGGCCUGAAAACAUUCAAGGGCGAAGUCAUGCAUUCUGCAGUCUGGAACCAGAGGUAUUGCGCAUUCCCACAGUGCGUCUUGAGUAGCAGAUUGACUGAAUUGGUUUAUAGGUACGACUUCGAAAACAAACGAGUUGGUGUUAUUGGCUCCGGCUCUUCUUCAAUCCAGAUCGUCCCUUCGCUACAGCGUCUACCAGGUACCCACAUCAGCACCUUUGUGCGUAGCAAGACGUGGAUAUCACCUCCUUUCGGCCAGGACUUAUUCGACAAAUACGGUUUCAAUGGCUCAGCAAUUCCCCAAGAGCUCCGCGAUCGUUUUGCGAAUGACCCCGAGUACUACUACAAGUUCAGGCUUUCAGUCGAAGAGGAUGGAAAUGGUAUCCACGCUGUCACGAUGAAGGGAACUGAACUGCAACUCGGCGCAAAGGAUAUGUUCCACAAGCACAUGAAAGAAAGACUAAAGAGCAAGCCGGAAAUCUUCGAAGCCCUCUUACCGUCAUUCUCACCAGGAUGUCGCCGUUUGACGCCAGGCCCGGGCUACCUAGAAGCACUGACGCAGCCCAAUGUAGACUUUGUUACAUCACCUAUAACGCGCAUAUCCGAAUCUGCGAUUCACACUGUUGACGGUAAGACGCAUGAGAUUGACGCUCUUGUGUGUGCGACAGGCUUCAAAGCAUCUGCCCCACCUCCGUUUCCGUUGACCGGCAGCAAGGGGCUAUCUCUCACGGAGAAGUGGGACAAGCGCGCUGUCAACUAUCUCUCGCACUCUGUUGCCGGCUUUCCAAAUAUGUUCACGAUGCUUGGCCCCAACGCUGCCAUCGGCUCUGGUAGUCUAACUACCAUGAUCGAAACAGUAGGCGACUACAUCAUCAAAGCCAUCCGCAAGAUCCAAAAGGACAAUAUUGCAGCCAUGACGGUCAAAGAGGCGCGCGAAAAGGACUUCAUAGAGUAUGUUGAUGCAUACUUCCAAGGCACAGUCUUCGCCGAUGAGUGCAGGAGUUGGUACAAGAACAAGGGUACUGGGGAGGUCGUCGGACUUUGGCCCGGUAGUACACUACACUGCGUUGAAGCAAUGCGGAGUCCGCGCUGGGAAGAUUUCGACUACGUCUACCUGGAUGAACUAGAGGGCCAAGACGCUAACAACGACCUACAUGGUGUGGGUAAGAAAGCGAACAGAAUGGCUUGGCUAGGUAAUGGAUGGAGUAUCGCUCAGAUGGAAGAAAGGGAUCUUGCCUGGUAUCUGUACCCGGAAUUUUUGGAUAAGCCUCUUGCACCACUACCGGAGAAGAAGAGCGGUUAUAAUGUAAGACCGUUUUCAUAUUGA